CGUUACGCGGCCCGUGCCGGCGGGGGGCGGGGCGGAGGGCUCCCGGCGGCCCCUGCGCGGGGCGGCGGCGGCGGCAUGUCGGUGGCGUUCGUGCCCGAGCGGCUGCGCGGGAAGGCGGAGGUGAACCAGGAGACGCUGCAGCGGCUGCUGGAGGAGAACGACCAGCUGAUCCGGUGCAUCGUGGAGUACCAGAGCAAGGGCCGGGCCACCGACUGCGUCCAGUACCAACACAUCCUGCAUAGAAACCUCAUCUAUUUAGCUACCAUCGCUGAUGCAACUCCACCCAGCACACAGAAGACUGUAGAUUGAUACAGUUACCUGGCCAGUGAUGCUCUGAGACUCUGUAGAAGGACUUAGUUUAGGCUCCUACUUUGGGAGCUGAGAAGGUGUGGUCUUGAAAGGCAGGUAAAUGGUCAUCCCUGCUUUUGCAUUAAAAUAUGUGAAUGUAGUUUCAAUGUAAUACUAGGUUAGCUUCCCCCCCCCCCAGCACUCUAUAGUAGUACUUAAGGGAGAUGCUCAUGAUCAUGCUCUAUUUCCUCCACCCCCGAAAGUACUCUGUAGCGUACUUAUGGAAGCAGCCUGGUUGUCAGGACUCGCAGUCUCAGUGAAGCAGAGACACUCAGGGCUGAGGUUGUACAGUAAUAGGGGAAGCAUUCAGCUAUGUAACUUCCCUCUACCUCCAAGAUGACAAAGUCCGGGCUAACUUGUCAUGGAUCUAUUGCCAUAAACAGUAGACUGUUCUGUAUCUUGUAUCAUAGAAAUUGUAUUUAAUAAAUUAAAGAUGUUCUCUGUAAAUGCUAUUAUGGUCUGGAUUAGUAUGUGUUAAUAAAGAAGCAGCUCAGUGGUUCAGAGAAAUAGGAAUUUUAGCUUUUCUAGGAAAGAUGAGUGGCUAUUACAUAACUUACGGCUGUAAGUGUAAGGAAGAACUCCAACCUUUAGUUCAAUGAGAGAAGACUGUACGCUUGCCCCAGUUCUGUCAAGGCUUCUUUUUGCUUGAUAUGCUCUGUACUGUAGAUCUUGUUAAUGAGUAAAUUCUCACAUAAUCAAAA